CAAACAUGGAGUCCCGGCCGGGCUGCGGCGCGGCGGAGCGCAGCCGAGUGGAGCCGAGGGGCUCCGGGCCGGGCCGAGCGGACCCGAACCGUCUCGAAGAGCGCCGAGCCGGGCUGGGGGUGCGGGCACGGCGCGGUCCCAACGCCUUUGUGCGGCCGGGCCGGGCCGGGAGCCGCCCCCGGCGUGAAAAGUUUGCGGGAGCCGCGGCCGGGCGCGCUCGGGGGUUUUGUUCCCUCCCCGCGCCGCUUCCAACUUGGCCGAGGCUUUAAGCAGGAGAGGUCUGCGGGCAGCUCCACCAUGUCGGAUAGUGACCUCGGGGAGGACGACAGCGCCACGUCCCCCGACCCCUCUCAGCCCAACAAGAGGAAGAGAAGGGGCAACCUCCCCAAGGAGUCUGUGAAGAUCCUCCGGGACUGGCUCUACGAGCACCGCUUCAAUGCCUACCCCUCGGAGCAGGAGAAGCUCAGCCUCUCGGGGCAGACCAGCCUCUCUGUGCUGCAGAUCUGCAACUGGUUCAUCAACGCGCGGCGGCGGCUGCUCCCCGACAUGCUGCGCAAGGACGGGAAGGACCCCAACCAGUUCACCAUCUCCCGCCGAGGGGGCAAAGCCGGCGACGUGGCCCUGCCGCGGGGGGCUGCUGCCGGCUCCGGGGUGCUGGUGGUGCCCCCCGUGACGGCCGCGGGGGCCUCCAAGGUGCUGUCCAUGUCCGUGUGCCCGCAGGUACUGUGCCACCCUGCCCAGGCGCUGGGCAGCAGCCUCACGGUGGUGAGCGCCCACAGCCCCGACUGGGAGAAGCCGCCUGGGCCGCAGCGAGCGGAGCCGGACCCUGUCCCCAAGGCAGCGCUGGGUGCCCCCGGCAGCACCAUGACCCUGCUGGCCCGCGCCGAGGCAGCCAGCCCCACCAGCGGACUCUUCAACACGCCCCCCCCCACACCCCCAGAGCUCUUUGGGGACGACUUCAGCAGCUUCCAGCUGCUGGUGGAGGUGGCUCUGCAGAAGGCGGCGGAGCUGGAGUCGCAGCGGCAGGGGGGGCAGCUGCCCCUCUCGCCCCAGACUGAGCCCCCCGCAGCCGCCCUCUCCAAAUAACCCCAUGGCCAGGUCCUUGGGGUGCCUGACCCCCCCCCUUCCCCCCUACCGGUGCCACCCACC